CCUCGACCAGAAUAAUUGAUGAAGAUUGUCGCGAGAUUUUUCUUUUCGCGACCAACUACGAAUUGCUUCUGUUUGAUCUCAAAUAAAUGGCGAUUCAGAUUUCCGAUCAAAGAUCCGACCGUUCAGAAUGAGGAAAAAUGAAACCUUCACUUAUUAUCCAAAUUUCAGCUCGAUCGGAGGGUGAAUACAAAAUGGGCGACGAUGAAUCUUCUCAUCCUCCUUUCAGCUUCAACUUCUUUUGUUCUUGCAGUAGUUCUGCUUCCUGUUUUGGAUACAAGAUGGUGGACUUUGAAAUCAUCUAUAGUGGCGGAUUUGGUUGUCACGAAUGCGGUCAUCUACACCAGUGAUUCCUCUCUCCCAUAUGCCGAAGCCAUGGCUGUUCGAAAUGGAAGGAUUCUCCGCGUCGGGAAUUAUUCAUCUGUUCAGGAUUUAAUAGGCCAUGGGACUGAAGAGUUGAAUCUUCGGGGGAAGGUUGUGGUUCCAGGAUUUAUUGAUUCUCACCUACACCUUAUUUGGGGAGGUUUGCAGAUGGCUCAAGUAGAUCUCCAUGGUGUGAAUAAGAAAGAUGAAUUUAUAAAAAAAAUCAAAGAAGCUGUGAGAGAUAAUCAUCAAGGUAGCUGGAUAUUAGGUGGUGGAUGGAACAAUGAUUUAUGGGGAGGAGAGUUGCCAGUGGCAUCUUGGAUUGAUGAUGUUGCACCUAAUAAUCCUGUUUGGUUAUCAAGGAUGGAUGGUCACAUGGGUUUGGUCAACUCAGUGGCACUGAAGAUAGCUGGGAUUACUAACAGCACAGAAGAUCCUGUGGGUGGAACUGUCCUGAAAACUCCUAGUGGAGAGCCCACAGGGUUGCUAGUUGACUCUGCAAUGAGCAUUGUGAAAUCCUUGAUUCCUGAGGUCUCUGUAGAUGAGAGGAGAGAUGCUUUACUAAGAGCAAGCAAAUUUGCAUUGAUGAAGGGAGUGACAACAGUUGUUGAUUUUGGGAGAUAUUUGCCUGGUGUAUCACCAGAACUUGUUUGGGAAGAUUUUUCAGAUGUUCACAGAUGGGCUGAUUCUAGUGGGAAAAUGCUGAUUAGAGUUUGCUUAUUCUUCCCAGUGGAGACAUGGUCACGUUUAGUUGUAAGAUGUUUUGAUCUGUUUCAUAAGACUGGUCGAGUCAUUAGCCAAUGGAUCUAUUUGGGUGGUGUUAAGGCUUUUGCUGAUGGCUCCUUGGGUUCCAACAGUGCACUUCUCUAUCAGCCUUAUGUCGAUGAACCCUUCAAUUAUGGCCUUCAAGCGACGGAUUUAGAUAGUCUUUUCAACAUGACGGUGGAAGCGGACAAAUCAGGACUUCAGGUUGCUAUUCAUGCCAUAGGUGAUAGAGCAAAUGACUUGAUACUGGGUUUAUAUGAUUCUGUAGCAUCUGCAAAUGGGAAUAGAGACCGAAGAUUCAGGAUUGAACAUGCUCAGCAUUUGGCUCCUGGAGCAGCAGAUCGGUUUGGUCGACAAAGUGUCAUUGCUUCGGUGCAGCCAGAUCACCUACUAUAUGAUGUUGAUUCUGGAGAAAAGAAACUUGGGAAGAUCCGGGCUCAAACAGAAUCAUAUCUGUUUCGCUCACUCUUAACUGGAAAUGCACUAUUAGCAUUUGGUUCUGAUUGGCCAGUUGUGAGCAUUAACCCUUUGGGUUCGAUCAAGACUGCAAUGAAGAGAAUACCUCUUGGAUGGAAAGAUGCUUGGGUUCCUUCUGAGUGUGUUACAAUGACUGAUGCUUUGAAUGCGUAUACCAUUUCAGCUUCUCAUGCAAUUUCCCUUGAUAAUGAAUUGGGAUCCCUAUCUCCUGGCAAAUUGGCAGAUUUUGUUGUAUUGUCCACUGUUUCAUGGGAUAACUUUGCUGCUGAGGCAUCUGCAUCUGUUGAGGCCACUUAUGUUGGUGGUGUUCAGGCUUAUCCCUGAGACAGUGAUUCUAGUGUGGUGAGGUGUGAGAAAUACUUUUUUGAAGCGAAGAUUAACAGACUGAGGAUCAAGGAUUUAGGUUGUAAAUUAUGUUGGUAGUCGGUACUUGGUGCUAUCAUGUGACAAUACUCUGCAACCAUAACUGGUUUAUUUGAAAUUUUGAAUAAGCGCAAACAUGGGGAAGUGCAGCAUGUAUUAUCACAUGAAUGAUAUUAUUGGUUUGUUGUGCGUCUCA